AUGAAAUUAUUAUCGUCGUUUGCUAUCGCUGCCGCGUUCGCCGCCUCAUCCGUGGCGGCGUUGGACGCCAAGUUCUACGGCAUCAACUACGACGUCCGUACCCAUCGGUGGGGUGGGUGCAAGGAAUUCAAAACGAUCGACGAUGACUUCAAUAUCCUCAAGAAUGUCACCAACAACGUCCGCAUCUACGGGACGGAAUUUGAAUGCGCCAAGAGCGUGAUCGAAGCCGCCGGCAAGAAGGGGCUCAAGGUCUGGCUCGGCCUAUGGAGCGAGGUCCGCACGGACGAAGUGUUGGACACGUUCUCGUUGCAAUAUCAGGCCUUGAAGGAUCUCAUGAGUCAUACCGAUUUGAUCAACAACGACAACAUCCUCGGCAUCCAAGUGUCGAGCGAAGCCUUGUACCGGUACUACGUACUAGGUCCGGGCAGCGACCGCCGUGGCAUCGACACCGUCGUCGGCUACCUCAACAAAGUGCGAAGCUACCUCCGCGACCACGACUUAACGUUCCCCGUCGUGAUCUCUGACAACAUGGACAUGUACACGAGGUUCCCCGAGUUGUACGACGAGGUGGACGUGGUCUCUGUGAACCAGUUUUCGUUCCGGGAGAACAAGACGGCGAAAGAAGGCGCGCACUUUACGUUCAAGCGCUUCCAGGAACAAGAGACCCGCGCCAAGCGCGCCGGCAAGCUCAUCUUGCUGCACGAGACCGGCUGGAGCACAGCGGGUGAGAGCCCCAAGGUCAGGGAGGCUUCUCCCCAGGCCCAAGGCGUGUUCACACAGGACUUCCUCACCCUGGCGGCGCGCCAGAACCUCAAUGCGUUCUACUAUGGCGCAUUCGAUUUGCCGUUCAAUCCCACCGAGAUUGAACGCAACUUUGGCAUUUACAACGCUGACCGCGAGAUGAAGCCAGAGGUGGAGGCCGUCCACGUCGGCGCGCCGCUCCAAGCGGUCCGCCUCUGGGCCGGAGACAACGUGAUCAAGGCGCACCGCUACUGGAACGCCGAUGACGACUCGGUCAACGAGAAUUUUGGCAGCGUGUAUGCUGCGAAGCCGUCCGUCGGUCCAUUGGGCGUCUUGGACGACGAGAUCUGGCUGUGGGAUGCCGCGUCCAGCAUCUUGUACUCCAAGAGCUCGAAUCAGUGCUUGGACUCGUAUGGGGACCUCAACACGCAGACUCUGCACACGUACGACUGCUCGAAAGUGAACCACAACCAAAAGUGGAGCGUCGCCAACGGUAACAUUGCGAGCCAGAACGACGCCAACUUUUGCAUCGACGUGGAUGUGAAGCGCUCAAAAACCCCCGACGGGAACCUCGUGGUCGCGAUGUACCGGUGCAAUGGGCACCAGAACCAGCUGAUCUCGAUGGUCCCGGCGGCCGACGAGCCCCUUGAGAUUGGCAUCAAAACGAACGGCGGCGUGCUGACUGAGUGGUUCGGCAAAGUGACGUGGGAAACGUCCCGCAAGGACAACGCCGACUGCCACCAGUGGUUCUAUGACCCCGUGACCCAGCUCAUUGCGAGCAAGUCGCACCGCGGCAUGUGCUUGGACGCGUACGAGCGCAAGAACUACGGCGUUGUGCACUUGUACUCUUGCAAUGCCACCAACGUCAACCAGAAGUGGGUCGUGAAUGACAUCACGGGUCAGAUCCACCAUGCAACGCAUAUUGGGUUUUGCCUCGAUGGCCCCGACAACGCUAACGGACUCGUGCACUUGUGGUCGUGUUACAAAACCGAGGCCAAUCAAAAGUGGAGCAUCAAGCCCGUCAAGGCCUAG